UGUGACGGCAAAAUGAAUGAAGAUUAGCGUGAUGUCGGACCUGUGCACGCGCCUAAAAGUGGGUGCGCGCCUGGAUCUCGACUGGAAAGCUGGUGGAACAUCUUGAAACACGUCGAAAAUCAGCGUGAAAAUGCCGGCAACGCGACCGUACAGGUGCCCAUUGUUAUCCCUUGCUUUCACGUUUUUCGAUAAGACGAUGUGUCGACAGACUGCGAAUUCAGAUUUUUGAAGAGUAUCGUAAUUCGUGCUUUGUGUACUUCAAGUGGCCUCGUCACAGUGGGACUCGUGAAACGCGUUCUAACCACGAUAUAGGUUAGGUUACCGGCACAUAACCUUAAAGAUAUUCCAAUUAAUAUUGGAAUUAUUCUAAACGUAGGAAUUGAAACGUAACGUUCUUGUGACCUCUUUUAAUUGAGAAUAAAGUGUAUCGACGAGAAUUGACAAUUUUCACCAAGUGCUGACUCCUACAUAGUGGGUGAUCGGUGCAAUGGAAUGAGCUGGGUGAUCAUAAGACAAUGAAGGCCAAUGGGACAAACAAUGGCUGUAGCCGCCUAAACACGCCAUUGGCAGCCACUACCACACUGGAGGAUCCGGGAACACCAGCCUCUUGGAAGGGCCCGCCGCCCGGCUCGGAGGCAUCGCCCUUUACACCCAAUUCCGUUGGCCAGGGUGGUGGCCCUGGCUCCGGUCCUUACAACAAUACAGGUGGUCCACCGAGUAAUGCGGCCUUCCAAGGCCCAAGCCCUUUCCCCGGUGGUGCUGGUAGUCCAGCCGGGGCGCCUCCUUAUCAAGGACCACCCCCUGGUUCCGCGACCCCUCAGUAUACUGCCUCACCAGCGCCUAGCGGCUCCUCGACACCUGGCCCUGGACCACCGCCCAACUCGUCGGGCUUCCCACCGCCACCCAAUAAUUCCGGGCCCCCGUAUAAUGGGCCCGGGCCGAGUCCAUUCGGCUCGCCAUCUGGCGGGCCACCGCAAUUCGUCGGUCGACCCGGUUCCUCGGGGCCGCCGUUCGUACCUCCGGGAGCGGGGAAUCCUCACUUCCCUUCGCAUGGUCAACCGUUUGGUGGACCCCAAUACGGUAUGCCACCUGGAAGCCCGUUUGGACCUGGUCACCCGAUGACAGGGCCUAUCGGGCCUGGACAUCCAGCGAUGAUGGGACCCGGUGGACCCGUCGACAGGAUGGACCAAGGGUGA